AUUACUUUUUGAUCAGAAGAUUAUCCGCGAUUCCCGCUUAUACUUCACCCAGUUCUGUCUCUUCACGGCGUAAAAGAGAAUGCGACGGUCAAGAAUGAAGUCAACAAUACAAAAAUGUUGCGCCACAGGGCCCUCCAUAACCCGGCGCUCACUCCAUCAAACCUCCCUCCUCCGCUCAUCACCAUCACAUAACGAUUCCAAUAACUCAUCACGAUCACCAUCCUCCUCACCAAAAGACGAAUACUCUGAAGACUUCGACCUCGACCCUGACGACUUCUACUCCUCCCGCCCCUAUCAAAUCGACACCACCACUAAAUCCGUCCACACCAAAACCGGCCUCACCCUCCCCCUCAGUCCCAUCAUGGACCCAACCUACCACUCCUCUCGCAACCGAUGGAAAGAGCGCAAACCCACCUCCCGUCCACCAGGUCAACGCGUCUCCAAAUUUUCACAACUUCUCGAAUCCAACCCCUUCGCCUUGGCUCUCGCCGCACCUCUCCGCGCCUGCACCGCCACCGACGUCUUACUUCCCAAACCUUUUCUCCAGAAAUUCAAUCUCCUCCGCCACCCCGAGACAGACGAGCCGUGGUUUGUGCCUGCUGACCUUUCGGCGCACGGCGCUGCUGCUGAUCCGGCAAAGCAAAAAGACCAGGCGUUGGGACCGUCAGGGUAUACACUAAGUAAUCAGACGCUGUUGCACGAGUUUACGAUAAAGGGCAGUCCGUAUUUUGGGAGGAAUCGGAAGCUGUUGAGGCGGAACGCGACGAAUAAGACGGGGCUGACGGAGGUGUUGAACAAGGCGGUUUGGAGAGAGGAUAUGGAUGCGUUGGUACUCAAGAUGAUGCGACGGAGAAUCGUGGAUGAGUUGUUGUAUCUGACGGGCAAGGUGACGGGGAGUUUGAGGAGGAAGUAUUUGACCCCGUUGAGGGGGGGCUAUGAAGAGGCGAGGGAGAGGAAAUUGAGAGGUGCGUUGGUUUAUGUCGGUGGAAGGCCGGGAACGACAAACGGAAAAGUUACGAAGCCCCCGAUGAGGGUGUCAACUUUGGAGAUCAAGGGAGAGCGGUAUAGUACUAAACUACCAGUUUAUGAUGCUACGGUGCUACUUGGGGAGGAGGAGUUGAAGAGGUUGAUGGAUGAGGAGACGGGAUUUUGGAGGCAGGCACAGUUGUAUGCGGUAGGGAGGGAGGCAACGACGGAGCUGCAGAUAAAGUUGUGGAAGCUGGAAGGGUAUAUGGCGAAGGGGGAGCUGCCUCGUCAUGAGGAGGUUGAGGUUAGCAAAGCUGCUGAAACCAAGGAUGUGAAGAGGCAGGUGCCUGGUGGCCAGGGACAGCGUAAUGCUACGAAAGCCCCAACAAGGGACAUGAAGGGGCCUGGAGGAGGUGGUAAACCCGUUAAUGGACGGGGAGGGGUUCGAAGAGUCUAAUGGCAUACAAAAGGCCCAAAGGGGCCACCGAGUACUCACCUGAAUGCGUCAUCGCUGGAUUACGGAAGACGAGCGGUGUGGUGAGUGGCCGAGCCACUUCGAAUGUGUUCGCUUGCCAUCUUCACCCACUUUGUUUUCUUCCCUGGAGACUUCAACUUCACCUAAUGCUACCGAAAUAUCAAAAGUUGAUAUUCACCAGAUGCUUCAAUGUCCACAAUAAGUGCUUCUCACUGACCUACAGCAACAAUACCCCCCAGUCAAUGAUGCAAUGGACGGAUAGACAAAAAAAAAAAAAAAAAAAAAAA